UGGCUGGCUGCCUUCACUGCGCACUGUUUCCAUAUCUGCCUUGUGCGACAGCAAUUUGUUUCCCAGCGCUCAUUGUCAACCUCGUUGUCUGUUUGCCGAUUUCCCUCUCCUUUGCGCUACUUUUUCCAUCACAAUGCCUUAUCGUCUCGAAAUCAGCCCCAACAACCGCGCCGGUUGCAAGGGCACCGGGUGCAAGGACACCAAGAUUACGAAGGGCGAGCUUCGCCAGGCUACUCAAAUCACCAUCCAUGAGCAUCAGAGUUGGGCCUAUCGUCACUGGGGUUGUGUUACUCCAAAGCAACUCCAGAACAUGAAGGCCGAAUGCGCCAUGGACAUGGACUACGUCGACGGCUACGACGAACUUCCUCAGGACAUCCAGGAAAAGGUCUACCGCGCUCUUGACCAAGGCCACGUCGACAUGGCAGACUGGAAGGGUGAUCCAGAGUACAAUGUGCCUGGAAUGAGCGGCGCUGGUCCCAGAAAGUCAAAGAAGAAGAAGGACGAAGAAGCUGCUGCCGCUGCUGAAGCCGAAGCCGCAGGUGAGAACCCUCCAACCUCCUCUGCCCCCGAGCCCGCUCCCAAGAAGCGCAGUCGCAAGAAGGCCGACGUCGACGAUGAAGAAGCUGAGGCUCCACCACCUAAGAAGGCAAGAGGCAAGAAGGCUGCGAAGGCCGAGGAUGCCGACAUCGACACUGAAGAGCCUGAGGUGAAGCCCGCUCAGAAGAAGGGCGCCAAGUCCAAGAAGGCCGUCGAGACCGUCAAGGCAGAGGAGACUUCCGAAGUCGACGACACCAUGAAGCCUAGAAGAGAAACUACUAAGGGCAGAAAAGUGCCCAAGCAAGAGCAGACUUCAGAUGUUGACGAGGCUCCCAAGAAGACUGCUGCCAAGAGCAAGAAGGCGGUCAAGACUGAGGAGGACGUCCCUAAGGAGGCUACCAGAAAAUCAUCCAGAGCAAAGAAGGCUGUCCCUGUCGCUGAACCCGAAUCCUCCGAGACCGAGCCUGCUCCCCAGAAGAAGAAGAAGGCCACUGCCAAACCUCGCAAGACAGCCAAGUCCAAGGAGGUUGUCAAGUCCGAGGACGAGGAAGACGAAUUUCACGAGUCUGCUGAGCCCGCUGCUGAGCCUGUCGAGGAGUUCGCCGAAGAGUCCGAGGCAGCUGUGGAAGAAGAGGAUAAGCCCGCUCCCAAGAAGAAGCGUGGUGGUGGCUCCAAGAAGAAGGCAUAAGCUCGUCUAGCUGACGUGAUUCUCUGUUUCCGCCUGGUACACCAACACGCGCUGUUUACUUGCACAGUCUGUUUACAUGUUUAUGCUGGCACGUUCUAUACCCUUCAUGAGCGCGCGUUCGUCUUUAGUGUUAUUCUAGUUUAACGACUAAUGAGCUUCUUUCCCAAGUCGCCUCACUUCUGCCUCUCCUUGUGAAAUCUGCCGCAUUUGGACCUAUCCCACGUCACAGUCCUCGGUAAACUCGCAGCAAUGUCGUCGAGAUGCGUCGUUUCGUGGACUCCCUGCUCCGAGUCCAUUGAUUUAAGAUAUGACUGUGCCUUGCUACAGCUUGGUAGGGCUCUACUG